AAGCAGCUGCAAGGCUGCGAAGGUGUGAGCAGGAAAGGAAGCCGCUGUAAACACAGGUUCAUUUUGCAGUGGUUAGCGCUCUGGGUAACGCCGGGUGCCUUGCUGAUGGGAGGCUCGAAGAUGCUGUCGGAGCUCUUCCAGAGGGUGAGGAAGGCUGCGCUCACGCCAGCGCGGUUCUUCCCAGCGAGGAGCGGAGCUCUGCAGCCCCGGCCCGCCCUCCUCGGGGGUGGGACCGGCGGCGGCGGCGCGGCGGGCCGGGAGUGGAGGAUGCUGCUGCCGCUCCUGCCGCUCCUGCCGCUCCUGCUGCCGGCGCUGGCCGAGGGGCACCGCGCGGCAGUGCUGCGGAUGGGGCUCCGGGGCAGCCCCCGAGGGGAGGUGAGCCCGGCUUUCCUCUCCCUCACCCUGGAUGCCAGCCUCGCCCGGGACCCGCGCUAUGUCGCCUUGCUCAGCAAUUCCAAGCUGCGUACCCUGGCAAUGGCCCUGUCCCCAGGUUUCCUGAGGUUUGGUGGCACUGAGACAGACUUUCUUAUCUUUGAUCCCCACAAGGAUUCAACUUCAGAAGAAAAAGUCCUCUGGGAAUUUCAGGCACAGCAAGAGGCUUGUGGCUCGAGGCCUGCAUUUGCUGCUGUUGAGAAGGUACUGCUGGCCCAAUGGCCUAGCCAGGAGAAGCUGAUUCUUGCUGAAAAGAACUGGAAAAAGCACAAAAACACCACCAUUACAAAAAAUACACUGGAUAUUCUCUACAGCUUUGCAAACUGCUCGGGGUUUCACCUGAUCUUUGGACUCAAUGCCUUGCUGCGGAAAGGUGGCUUGCAGUGGGACAGCUCAAAUGCCCAGGCACUGCUGGACUACUGUGCUUCCCAGAGGUACAACAUCUCCUGGGAGCUUGGGAAUGAGCCCAACAGCUUCAGGAAGAAAUCUGGCAUCCGCAUUGAUGGCUUCCAGCUGGGGCAAGAUUUCAUUCAGUUACGCCAACUGCUGAAUAACUAUGCCCUCUACCAGCACGCCAGGCUGUAUGGCCCCGAUGUUGGGCAGCCCCGAAAGCACACACAGAGACUGCUGAGAAGCUUCCUGAAAUCGGGAGGGAAGGUGAUUGACUCUGUCACAUGGCACCAUUACUAUGUGAAUGGACAGAGUGCAACUAGGGGAGAUUUCUUGAGCCCUGAAGUGCUGGAUACCUUUGCCACAGCCACAUAUGAAGUCCUCGAGAUUGUUGGUCAGACAGUGCCAGACAAGAAGGUGUGGCUGGGAGAGACGAGCUCUGCCUAUGGAGGAGGAGCUCCCAGAUUGUCUAACACUUAUGUUGCUGGCUUUAUGUGGUUGGACAAACUCGGGCUUUCAGCCAAGUUGGGGAUUGAUGUAGUUAUGAGACAGGUUUUCUUCGGGGCAGGGACCUAUCACCUGGUGGAUGCCAACUUUGAGCCUUUGCCGGACUACUGGCUCUCGCUGCUCUACAAGAAGCUGGUGGGUACCAAGGUGCUGCAGGUUGGCCUGUCAGGAGCCAACAAGAGGAAGCUCCGUGUCUACCUCCACUGCACAAGCAGCCUCAACCCAAAGUACAGAGAAGGGGAUGUGACACUGUUUGCCUUAAACCUCUACAACGUCACCCAACAUUUGGAGCUACCAGAUUACCUAUCGAGCAAGCACGUGGAUCAAUACCUCUUACUGCCUCAUGGCAAAGAGAAUAUUCUUUCCAGGUCUAUUGAGCUGAACGGCCAUGUGCUACGGAUGCUGGAUGAUGAAACACUGCCAGAACUUAUGGAAAAGCCCCUUGGUCCUGGCAGACUGCUUGGCCUUCCAGCCUUCUCCUACGGCUUUUAUGUUAUCAAAAAUGCCAAAGCUAUUGCUUGCAUUUAAGUGGUCAACACAAACAGGAUAAAUGUAAAGCAUUUAGCUAGUAGGAAAUUCUAAUCCUAGAAAUUCACACUUCUAUGGGAUUGAAUUCUGGUAAGGGAUGCAAAGGUUGCAGUGCUAGUACAACUGUUAGCUGGGGAAGACAUAAGGUCUCACUGGGUAACUGGUACAAGGAAGAUUCCAGGAGAAUUAUCCAGGUAGAACAAGACCAGGAAGAGGCUGGUUUUGCUCUUGAUCCAGCCU